AUGACUUGGGUUCUAAAAGUUGCGACGAGUGAAGUGGAAGAAAAGAAUUUCAGUGACGACGUGCACUUGGAUCCUAUACAAGAAGCUAAGAAACGGCUUGAUGCUGCAAGAUUUAGAUAUCUAAAUGAAAGGUUGUACACGAUCACUGGGAAUGAAGCUUUUGAGUUCUUCAAAGAAGAUCCUGCUGCUUUCGAAUGUUAUCAUAAAGGUUUUGCCGAACAAGCUAAAAAGUGGCCGAACCAUCCAUUGCAUGAAAUUAUCCGCUGGUUGAACUCAAAACCAGACAGGCAAAUAGUUUUUGAUUUGGGAUGCGGAGAGGCGAAAAUCGCGGAAAGCGUGGGGAGAAAGCAUAAGGUUCGAUCUUUUGAUCUAAUUGCCGUGAAUGCUCGUGUAGAAGAAUGUGACAUGUCCAAAAUUCCGGCCGAAGACGGUUGUGCAGAUAUUGUUAUUUUCUGCUUAUCUCUAAUGGGAACUAACCUAUACGAUUUUAUCCGCGAAGCUAGAAGAGUUUUGCGAAUUGGGGGUUCCUUAAAAAUCGCCGAAGUGUCGAGUCGUUUCUCAAACGUUCGGAUGUUCAGUGACGCUAUUUGCAAAAUGGGAUUUGAGAAUGUUCAGAAGAAGCUUCUUACUAACUAUUUCUUAAUGUUUGAAUUCCGAAAAAUUGAGAAAAGUGAAUCAAAGCGUCCUUAUGGUUUGAUGCUAAAACCAUGCCUGUACAAAAAACGUUGA